AUGGAGGUGGAAACGGAGGAGCAAAAGGAAGGCGAUCACACGAGUGAAGUAGAGGAGGAUCAAAAGAAAGACGAUCAAACAAGUCAAGCGGAGGAGGAACAAAAUCAGGAGGAGCACGCGAGUCAAGAGGAGGAAGAGGAAAAGCGAAGUAAUCACACGAGUCAAUCGGAGGAGCAAGAGCAAGCCGAUCACACGAGUCCAGAGGAGGAGGAGCAAAAGCAGGGCGAUCACAAAAAUGAAGCGAAGGAGGAACAAAAUCAAGACGAUCAUACGAGUCAAGAGGAGGGAGAGGAAAAGAAAGGUGAUCACACUAGUCAGCCCCAGGAGCGAAACCCUCUUGACCGCGCGGAUGGGCAGAAUGACCACUUCGAGAGGGGGCAGAACUUCCUCGACUUCGAAAACAUCCUGCUGGACGUGAGGCUCAGGAAGGCAAUCCUUUAUCUCUUCAAAUUUAAGCACCCAACGAAAAUACAGAAAGCAGCCAUUCCACAUAUCCUCCAAGGGAAAGAUGUCAUCAUAAGUUCCAAGACGGGGUCAGGGAAAACCAUGGCCUACCUCAUCCCACUAGUGCAGAACAUAGUGAAGUCAAAUUUAAAUGAAAAGGAGUCAUUGAAAUUCUUUUACAAAGGAAUAAUCCUUGCCCCCACAGAAGAAUUAUGCCUACAGAUUUAUGAAGUAGCACAGACAUUAUGCUCCUACCUGAAGAAUAUCCUAUCAUUUAAUCACAAUAUAAACAAAACAUUUUAUGAUCAUCCAACUGUUCUAGUCACAACCCCUAAACAUCUGUACAAUCACACGGUAGAGUGCAAGAGAAAAUAUAACCUGGAUAUAUUAUCCAAUUUAAGAAUACUCGUUGUUGAUGAAGCGGACAUUUUGCACAGUAGAGAGUUUCAAAAAUGGAUGAACCUUUUGGCUAGCUACCACUUUCCAAAAAAUUAUUCCCAGAAAUAUCAAAUUGUGAUGGCAUCGGCUACACUGAAGGAGAGCCUCGUGGAGAAAACGAAACUUUUUUUGCAUAAGCCUGUUUUUUUAAGUGAAGAAUUGGAAAAGAAUGCAAGUCCCACCAGUCGCACCACCUUCCUUAGUGUAGAUCAUCCAGAGGGCCUUCAUAAGAGGGGGGCUGCUUCCAACCGGGACAGUAGCAGUGUUCCGGUGCGAAGCAACAAGAUGAGUGAUGCUUCUGGGACCCCCAAAGUCAGGGAACCCGUCAUGCAUCAGCAAUUCAGGGGCAAAUCAUUUUGCUACCUCUACCCAGACGAAACGACAAAAUAUAUUUAUCUGUACGACCUUAUAAAUGAGAAAGUAAUUUUGCACAAGUCGAUUAUUUUUACUUCUACCAUCCAUGAUGCAUACAAGAUAAAGAUUUUCCUCACUUACUUUGACAUUGCUUCUUCCAUCCUGAAUCCAAACCAUCCCAUUUUGGUUAGACAGAACAUCAUUUUUGCGUUUAACAAUUAUAAGAUCUUCUUUUUGAUAUGCCCGCAGUAUGAGAAAAAUGCCGCAGCGAGGGGGGGGAGGAAGGGCGACAUGGGCGAUAUGGGCAACAUGAGCGAUAUGGGCGACAUAGACAACAUGGACAGCAUUGGAACUGUUCGCAGUGGGGGGGACACAGAUGAUACGGGGGAUGCGACCAAUCAUGACGACAGCGGCUUUGAUGGAGAUACUAACGAUGCGGAUGCUAACGAUACGGAUCGCGGCGAAGACUUGCGGAGCAACCUGGACGACGGUAGCGAGGAGGAGAAGGACUUCCUGUACAACCGCGGACUCGAUUUCCAAGGCGUGCACUGCGUGGUUAACUUCGACAUGCCCCUGGACACCAAGACCUUCGUGCACCGAGUGGGAAGGACCUGCAGGCUAGACAACAAGGGGAUCAGCAUUUCCUUCGUCAACGAAAAUAAACCGGCGGAAAAAAAACUACUCCAAAAAAUAGGAGCCAAAAAUAUAUGCACCAUAAAUCAUAAGGCAGUGGCACAGAAUAAGGUCGAGAUGUACAGGUACCGAGUAGAAUCCAUCCUCAUCAAAUGCACCAACAAAAAAGUGAAACAUUUUAUUCAAAAGGAGAUCCUUUAUCAAUCUCUCAAGUCGAAGGAGCUGAAAGAAUUUUUCAACUCCAAUGAAGACGAAAAAAGGACCAUCAACAAAAUUGUAAAACAUUUUAACACACACGUCGUGCCACAGAAACUCAUUAAGGACAGAUUGAAAAACUUAUUUUUGAAGAAGCCUAAGAGGAAGGGGAUAAGCAAAAAUGGGAUGAGAAGAAAGGGGAAGGAAAGUGGAGACAUGAGCAGGGACAAAAGGAACCAAAAGCACAAUGGGAUGACCAAUGGAAGGGAAGACGAGAAGAGGGCAGCGCAACAGCACUAUGUUAAAAGUAAAAGCAACGGAUUCGUGCUCACUGAACAGGCAUAUCAAGAUCAGCUCAGGAAGGAACCAGAAACUGAAGUCGCCGACCCGACCAAGCUUCCCCCCAUUUAUGGAAAGCGCUUGCGAAGUUAUGUAUACAACAAGUACGUAAUGGGGAAGCGCCGGAGGGGCAGCAGCGCGCUUGGCGGAAGGGCCAAUAGUGGAAAGGCCAAUAAUGGAAGGGCCAAUAGUGGAAAGGCCAAUAGUGGAAAGGCCAAUAGUGGAAAGGCCAAUAGUGGAAAGGUCAAUAGUGGAAGGGCCAAUAGUGGAAAGGCCAAUAGUGUAAGGGCAAAUAAUGGAAGAGCGAACGGUGGAAGAGCUAACAGUGGAAGGUCAAAUGUUAGCGGCUAG